CAACUUGAUAAUUGCCACAUACCUGCAUUGCUGCCAUGGCCGCAAAGGGCCAGCAGGCCUCCGCUCCCGUCCUUGCGGUCGUUCCCAACGGACUCGACACUCGGGACGCACUACAGCUCUGGUCUGUAUUUUCAAAAUGCAAGGAUUCACUACAGAACGGGCGCCGCCUUGAAAACCUUUCAUGGCGCUUGGCCUCUCGGCAUUCGGUGCAACGACAGGGUGGCAGUGGGUUACUUGCUCCGACCUGGCCACCGACGCCCGAGUCGGUGUGCAGCGAUGACUCAAAUCGCUCCAAGUCAAGUAAUAGCAGCGCCCGUCACUCGAGCGACUCGGAUUCUUCGCGUUGGUCGAGGGAGAGCGUUGCUUCGCCUUUUUUCCCCGAUCUCAAGCUGGUUGCCCCCGUGCGGACAGCAGGGCAGUUCAUACGCGAAAUCGUCGUCCCGGAGCUUUCUGAGAAGCUUACGAAGGACGACGAGAUGAACGCCAAGAAGGAGCCGAAGAAGCAAGGCUACCCCGCACCCAUUACUAGCAGUUUGUCAGGCACUAACUCUACUUUGGCGGCACAAGCUACCGAUACAACCGUUGACCAUGGCAUCACUGUUCCCCGCGUCGUUAUCCUCGACGCUACGCCCAAUCUCACUCCUCAUCCAACACCGCCAGCAUCACCGGUCUUGCCCGCUGCGUCACCAAUCAGUCUUGAAGCGGCGGUUCCUUCUGACCCAGCUACUUCUUUCGAAAACGCCAAGCUUACAGCCAAUGUGGACCCAGCAACUGGACGCAAUCCGUCACAAGCAAUUUUCUUGUCACGAUCCGCCGCGCGUGGCAUGGGAUCACCCGGAGUCAUAUCCGCACUGUCUUCGUCAUGUUCUGCUACGGGUUCAUCCCUACUACCGAAAUCUACGCAUAACCUGCCGAUUGGGGGCCAGGACUGCCAGCCAACCAAACUCGGCAGGGCCGGCAAAUUCCUCUUGGGAUUAGAAUCGAGUUCAGAUUCGAGUAGUGACAGUUCUCAAGAGCGGGGGAAGCAGAAAGGAGACCAGGAACGGCUCGGUGAUACUGGUGACGUUGCCCGGGGAAGAGUUCGGUCUAGGGCGGCAAGUGUGGUGGACCGAGAUCAACCUCCGUUAAUCAAACAGCAAGGGCCAUCUAAGCAGCAAGGGCCAUCCAAGCAGCCAGUACAGCCUCCGGCGCCCAAACCGCCAGCCGGCCCCCCUCGGAUUGUCUCAGCGCCAUUCUUGGGUGGUCCUGAGGUCAGUCAAGAUCUGAUUACCCUACCCUCGCGUUCCUUAUCUGGUUCUAUGCAGGCAUCAACACGCCGGCCGGAACGGGAAGCAUCUUCUAGCCGGCAUGUGGACGCUGACGAUACACGCUCUGAGAGCUCGCUUGCCUCGUCGCAGGUGCAUGUUCAGACACGUGGUAAAGGUGCCAUGCGUGGCCUGGCUCGGCGGGCAACGGCCUCCAGUUCACGCUCUCGAUCACGUGUUGCUCUCAAUAAGCUACCUCAGCCGUCAACCAAUCUGGCCGCAGCCGAGGCGAUGGUCGCAAAACAGGCGUUGGGGUCGGGGCGAAAGAUGAUCGUACUUGCGACAAGUGAUGACGAAGAAGGCGAUUGGAGUGAUGAGGAGGAUAGUGCCGUGAACGAGAGCGUGGUGAACGAAAGUGUGGUGCAGGAAGAGGAUGGUGAAUGGGAGGAUGAAAGCGAGGCUGAUCCUGGGAUCGAAAUUGACCCUGCUCCUGCCCGCCCUACCCAUUCCCGAGGUCGCAGUACAGACGACACAGAACCACGGCAUUCGGCUACCUCUGGACUGCGUCCGAUGCAUCGCUCUACGGGACAUCUGCCUACUUUGGUGAACGGACAAAGCCGGCUCAAUCAUGGACGCGGAGCGCAGACGAAAUAUCAGCCGACAACAGCAGACCAGAACGCCCGAACGGCCCGAGCAUUGAAGGCAACGAUGAGCGCAACGACGCUUGCAAGCAUUUCUGAUGCGCUGAUGGAGGAACAACGGAAACACGACCUAUUCGCCAAAGCACCCCGGAAGAGUUACGAGAACCUGACACAGCUCAGCCAGCGUCCCGGCGGUUUGAGUGUACUGCUCGCACAGGGUCGCAGCCAGGCAGCGGAAUAUUGGCAGCAGCAGCAAGAGAAGAUCGGGCAGCAGAUGCCACCAGCACCGGAGCAGCAGGUUCCCCAAACGCCCAGACAUCGACUUGCUGGCGGAUUCGGCGGAUUAGGGCUAGCGAUGACACGUGCGCCAUUGGCGCCUAUCCCCCCGGCCCCGGCCCCGGCCCAAGAACGAGAAACAAUACCACACCCUACUAAAGAAACACCACCCUUGACUCAUUCUCGUGCGCCCUCGACCAGCCGGCGACCGGCAGUGACGCGUGCGACGUCGAGCAGCGCUGUCCCCAAUUUUGCAGGAACGCCGGUCAGCGGCUCGCUAGGCAAGAGUUCCGUUGCAGGGCCUGUUGUGACGAAUGGACGCACAGGAGGAUAUCGACCAAAAGGGCCACCGGCGGAAGUCGAAUUUGAUGACGACGAGUCUGAUGCGGACGGGCGUGACAAGGGCAAAGGCCGGGCGUCGAAUUCAGGCGAUGACCUGCCACUCUCCAAGAGUGUUGCGCAGGAGAAGCUGCGUAUUUUAGCAGAGCAGACCGCGAUUCAGGCCAAAGCUCAAACAACCGACACUGCAGCUGAGCGCAGGAGACUCUACGAAGUGGCUGGUGUCGUUCCUUGGGCGUCUGCUGCCAACAAUCACAACGUCAAGCAGGAUUUCGUGGCGCAGUCACCUCCGAACCGCUCGAUGGCGACUGUGGCCGUCGGAUUCCCAGUCGCGCCCUUGCCAACCCCUGUUCCACCAUCCACUCCGCGCACGACUCGGCGAACCAUGUUGCAGAACGAAAUGUCAGCAAGCUUGCGCGCAAAUCUUCUCAGACAACGCAAACUCAGUCGGAACGACCUGCUUGGGCCUGUGCCUCGGAGAACGAAAAGCACUGUCCAUAUCCCCCACGAGAAGAAUCUCGUCAAACUCACCGAACGACCGCCCGGAGUCGAACGUCGAGACGAGCUGCCGCUGCUGCCGAUGGACCAGAUUUUGCACGGUCCACAGGCUCAGAAGAAGCUUGUUCGGAACUACAGCUGGGCUAAUACGAGCGAAACUUACCACCGUUCUGGCUGGUAGUCGUCUUGCUAAAUAUAUAUUACUCUACUGUACCAACUCAUUCACUCGCACGCAUGUAUCAGUAACACCGGCUGUCCUUGGUUUUCUCUACUGUACAUAAUUUGGUCAAUCCGCAUGGUCGUUUUCUGGAGAUCGUAUUCUUUCUUCGAUUCUUGCGGUCAAGUGUGUAGUAAAAGGUUGCUGACCAACCAACGUUUCAGCACGCCAAUCACUGCUCACAACCGAUUACGUGACAUUGGAUGACGCAUCUGCCCAAGCGAUUGCUGCCUGAUUUUUUCCUGCAUCGGCUCCGUGCUGAGCAUUCCUCGGUGACUGCGCCGACGAUCUUAAUCGAUAUAUAAGCUCCGCC